UUAGGUUGAUUAGGAAACGUUACAGGGUUGUGAAGCGGCGCUGUAAAUAUCUAACAUGGUGAACAAAGUGAUAAACGAUACGAGUGAGGACGAAGAAAGCAGUGUUAAAUAUUACACUCUUGAGGACGAAGAAAGCAGUGUUAAAUAUUACACUCUUGAGGAGGUGCAAUCGCAUAACCUGAGCAAAGACACAUGGAUCAUCAUCCACGAUAAAGUUUACGAUAUUACCAAGUUCCUAGAACAGCAUCCGGGCGGUGAAGAAGUGCUUUUGGAGCAGGCAGGUUCCGAUGCAACAGAGAGCUUUGAGGACGUCGGUCAUUCCACAGAUGCCAGAGAGAUGCUGCAGCAGUACUGCAUUGGAGAGCUGCUCAUGAAUGACAGAAGAAAAGAAGCUAAAAAGGACGUUUACAUCACAACUUCGAAGGAAUCCAGAUCAUGGACCAGUUGGGUGAUUCCUAGUGUGGCAGUUAUCGUCAUGGCCUGGAUGUAUCAUUAUUAUAUUAGUCAGCACAAAACAUCUUGAGCUCUAUUAACCAGUCAUGGAUUUCUGAAACCGGCAUAGCAUAGUUGGAAGGUUUUCAGGCCAUUUAUAGUGGUACACGCACUGUAAUGGUUUUGGAAAAUCCAUGUUUGACAAAAAUCUUUUCUUCUCUUUCCCCGGAGGCCUUGACUUUUGUCCUUUCCCCAUCACAUCAAACAAGGACUGACCCCCUUUUCUCUUUCUACACCAGCAAGGAGACAAGAAGAAUUGGGUGUCAUGGCAGUGAUCUAUUUCUGUUCAUUUAUUUUCUCUCAGUUUCUAUUAGACAGAAUAUAAAACAGAUAUAUUUGGGCAGUUUCAUAUUUUCAGCCAGCUCAUUUUCUAGAAUCACUCUUUCACCAUUGCUUUGACAGUUCACAUGCAGCACUGAUGUGGAACGUGGUGUACGCUGUGCCUUGUGUGGCACCUUUGCUUUGGGCUUAUGUACCUACUUUUAAAAACAGUUUUUUUUUUCUGCUUUUGUUUUUAUCUCUGUAUUUAGUUUUUAAAAUGCUUAAGUCUCUGAGUAUGCACAUGCUUGUCUUUUGUCAUCUACCAUAUAGGGGCAUAUUGCUCAUUGUACAAUGUCUGACUAGAGCUCAUAGGUUACUAUGUCCUUGUCAAAUAUUAGGGUGGAGACUAGUAAAAAUUGAGGCUGGACACAAUUAGUAAGUAACAUACAUCUUUGCAUUUGGAAAUGGUUGCUACUAGGUAACGUUGAUAAACAUUGAAAACUCAGAAUUGCUAUAGUCAAGUUGUUGAAUAAGGAAGAUAUUGUAAUACCACAAUAUGUAGCUCCUUUUUAAAGAGUAGAAAGCCAUUUGGCUUUUCAAGAACAAAUGUUUUAAUUAUUUUCUAGACAAAGAACAGCCUAUUUAGACUAUUAGAAAAAUAUUUAACAUUUAAAUAGAUUGAUGUCAUAUUGUACAGGAAAUUACUGCUAGUGGAUCAAAAAAAUAGUCAAAAAAGCAGACAUGUCUACUUAGAACCACUGAAAUUGUGCAUAGCAGCGGAUGGGCUACAGUCAGAAACUGUAAGUACAAAGUCUACCUGCUUUUGUAUUUAAGACAAAAAUUUGCAAUUGAGUAUACUGAUAAACACGAUUGCUAACAUUGGACCUUGAACUACGUUAGGUUUUGCAAAAGGUUUACUUAAAUGUGGUAUGUGAAAUGUGCAAUGCUGCACGACAUGAGGACAAUGAAUAUUCCAGCAGCUCAUAAGUGGGUCCAAAGCCUGAAGUCAAUAUUUACAUUUUAUUGUUCCUACAUGAUUUACAUAGGAAGAAAGGUGUUGAUAUCAUGGUUAACAAAAGUCUGUCUGUAUUUUUGCAUAUAUUUGAUUGUUUAUAUGAGCAUUUAAUACUUAGGACUGUCCAUCUAUAGAGUCUAUAUUCAUAUGCUUAAUGUUCUAUGCAUCUACAUUUUUCUAUUAUGUGACUGAUGAGUACAGUUUGUGAUUUAGUGCCUCAGAGUUAAGUCCAUCACAUUUUGUCUGUAUAAAAGUAUCAUCCCUUUUAAAGGAAAUAUUGUAAUUUAUAUAUGUAUACAGAUAUGUUUGUUUGAUCGUGAAGUUAUUCUUCUGAAAAAUGCCAUGCAUUGUCUCUGCGUACCCACUGUUUCAUCCAGUCUUUUCAUAGUAAUUUUCAAUAAUGUUCAGUACCAGUACCAAUGUUAAGAACAUGAUCACAGGUAGUAUAAUUUAUGUCCAGACUGUAAGCCCUGUUCAGCAGUUGAAAAUUAAAAUACAUUCCCAACAUA